GCCCACCGCCACCACCACUUCCAUCACCACCGCACCCCACACUCACCACCUUUCAUUUCUCUCAUUACAUCCCAUUUUCCAAACUCGUCGGAGCAAAACAAAAAACUUUAUUCUUACUUUUGCAUUUCUUUUUAUUUCUAUUAAUUUUGCUAUACACAAUUUUUUGUUUAUUUUUACCAUGCUAUGAAUACUAUCCACAUAUACCCAUCUACACUUUCAUUAGGUUUUUCCAUGAAUUCUCCAAAUUUUUAAUCCUUUUACCCGAUUCAUUGAUGGGCGGUCACUAAUUCACUCUCUCAUUAAUGGGUGUUGGUUAAAUAAUUAAACUGAUUAAUAAUUGGAAGUGGGCGGUUUAAUAAUUGUUAUAUUUUGGAAUGGGAAAUGUGAGUGGAAGAGGGGGAGAGGAAGAUGAUGAAAUAGGAAUUAGUGAUGAUAAUAGUCCAUUGAGUGGUGGCGGGGGUGGAGUUUUAGUUGAUGAAGAAGGCGGCGGCGGCGGCGAAGGUGGUGGUGGUGGUGGUAUGGUAGUACAAGAUGGGUACCUUCCACCUCCUCCUCCAGAGUUGAUGGGACAGUCCCCUCCUCAUAGCCCUAGAGCCACUCACUCUCCUCUCAUGUUCACUCCUCAGGUCCCCGUGGUUCCGCUACAAAGACCGGAUGAGAUUCAAAUACCGAGCAAUUCUUGGAAUGAAACGACAGGGUUCGAGGAAACAUGUGAUGAGCAAGGAAUACCAACUAUGUUUACAUGGACCUAUGGUGGCAAGGAAGUAGAUGUUGAGGGAUCGUGGGAUGACUGGAAACUGAGGAUUCCCUUGCAGAGGUCUGGUAAAGACUAUACCAUAAUGAAAGUUCUGCCAUCUGGGGUUUACCAAUACAGGUUCAUUGUUGAUGGACAGUGGAGGUACAUCCCUGACUUGCCUUGGGCCCAAGAUGAUACUGGAAAUGCUUACAACAUUUUGGAUUUGCAGGACUUUGUUCCAGAGGACCUUGAGAGUAUAUCCGGUUUCGAACCCCCUCAGUCUCCUGAGGCGAGUUACAGCAAUUUGCAGCUUGAAAACGACGAUUUUGCAAAGGAGCCGCCGUUUGUUCCUCCACACUUGCAGAUGACACUACUCAAUAUGCCAUCAUCUUACAUGGAAAUACCACCUACUUUAUCAAGACCUCAACAUGUGGUGCUUAACCAUCUUUACAUCCAGAAAGGGAAGAGCGGUCCUGCGGUGGUGGCACUUGGUUCAACACAUCGGUUUGUAUCCAAGUAUGUGACAGUAGUGCUCUAUAAGUCUUUGCAGAGGUAAUUACUUACGUUUACAUCUAAAUGAGCUUAUGGUCUAUAGUCCCGGAAUGUAGUAAACACGCGCAGUCGGAUCGAGUAAGCGUGGGAUAGUCAUCCUAAAGGAACUCAAAAAUAGAAUGUAAUUUUCACAUAACAUAGAGAAAAUGCUUGGUAACCAUUGAUUAGGCAUUUCUGUCUACUUGUUUUGGUUGUCAUGUGUAGAAAUUGUUACAAGACUGAAAUGUUUAAAAGUUGAUAGAUUUAAUUUCCUUA